GCUAACAAGGGCGCUCUCGAUUCCUAUUUGCAAAAGAACCAGGUUUCGGUGGAACAAAAAAUGGAUAUGUGCUUGGGUGCAUCCUGGGGACUUGAAUAUCUACACGCACAACCAGUCCUUCAUCGUGAUAUUGCAGCACGGAACUGCCUUUUUGGUGACAAUAAGAUCAAAAUAAGUGAUUUCGGAUUAACACGUGAAGGGACAGUAUACCAGAUGGACCCAAGAAAACGUGUUCCAAUUAGAUGGCUUGCACCGGAGACAUUACGCACCGCUAUGUACACGCAGAAGACUGAUGUGUUUAGCUACGGCAUCAUGUGUUGGGAGAUUUUUUCGAACGGCCAAGAGCCUUAUCCUGGUUUCACGGUGGCCGAAGUUAAUGUCCGUGUUAAAGAAGGUUAUCGGAUGCCGUUACCGGACUGUGUACCACAGCAAAUGCGCCGCGUAAUUGAAGUGAAAUGCUGGUCAGACAAUCCGAACGAUCGAUGGUCGAUGGCUGAGAUUGCCAAAAAUCUUCAACGAAUCCUCGGUGUGCCACGUCCUAAUUUUGCGGCGGUUUGUUGUUUCACUUGUAAGCUAACGUAA